AUGCCUCUGGAUACCGCGACAACAUACCCGCUCACGAGGCUGCGCCUUGACGGCCGUCGCUGGAAUGAGCUUCGUCUCCUUCAGGCUCAGAUCUCCACCAACCCCGCCAGCUCGGGCUCCUCAUAUCUCUCCAUGGGAAAUACAUCAAUCAUGUGCUCCGUCCACGGUCCCGCAGAGGGCCGCCGCGGGGAUGGUGCCGCAGGAAGCGGCCAAGCGAUUGUGGAGGUAGAUGUUAACGUCGCCGGUUUUGCGGGCGUGGAUCGCAGGCGCAGGGCCGGAGGAAGCGAUAGGCAAUCAACCCGGAUCGCUACAACUCUUCGCUCAACCUUCCAGUCUCAUCUGCACACUUACCUCUACCCCCACAGCACAAUCAGCAUCCACGUCUCCAUUCUGUCGGCCGAUGGCUCCGUUCUUGCCGCUGCCAUCAACGCCUGUACCCUUGCUCUCGUCGAUGCUGGUAUCCCCAUGCCGGGCCUUCUCACCGGCUGCACUGCUGGUAUGAGUGGAAGUGCUUCCACACCGCGCGACCCGCGACACGACGAGCUCGACCCACUGCUUGAUGUUUCGCUGCCCGAAGAGCAGGAAUUGCCGUUCCUUACGGUCGGGACGACCACCGCUUUGCCUGUUGGCGAAAAUAAUAUGGAUGAGGAAGAAGAGACAAUGAAGGUUUCUGUAUUUGCGAUGGAGUCCAAGGUUCAUUCGACAUAUCUGGAGACGAUGACAGCGGUUGGCAUUGACGGAUGCAGUCAAAUCCGGGAGUUGUUGGAGGGUGUUAUCAAGUCCAGGCGUCCAAGUCUGCUGCUCAUUGGGCUUCAGACCUGGAUCACUGAUCUGUUUACACUUUCUCUUUCUUUGCCUCUCUCUCUGUCUCUUGACCUUUACAAAGAUCAUCUUCUGUUCAACAUGGACAUGAAUAUGCCGACCACUGCAACCUCGAUGAUGGCCAUGACUACCGGUACGCAAUCCGGGAUGUCCAUGGGCAUGGGAAAUCACACAGGCGAUAUGCAUCAGUGCAAGAUGUCGAUGUACUGGAACUGGUACACCAUCGGUUCAUGCUUCCUGGCUAAAUCCUGGCACGUCACUUCGCGCGGCAUGUUCGCUGGCUCUUGCAUUGGCGCAAUCUGCCUCGUCAUCAGCCUUGAAUUUCUUCGUCGCGCCGGCAGGGAAUACGACGCUUACGUCGUCCGUCAAGCUCGUUUGCGACAAUCUUCUCGUGGCUCUCUACUGGGAGAUACCAUUCAACGUACAUCCCCCGAUACUGAGAAUGAUCCUACUAUUUCUGCAUCGUCAAAGCAGGCUGCCUCUUCCGCCACUGAUGGCUCUGUCAAUCGGUCUCCUAUCCUCUAUCGUCCUUCACUUGCCGAGCACACCGUCCGCUCGUUGAUUCACAUGGUCCAGUUUGCUGUGGCAUACAUUGUCAUGCUGCUGGCUAUGUAUUACAAUGGAUACAUCAUCAUUUGUAUCUUCAUUGGCGCGUUCCUGGGAGCCUUCUUUUUUGCCUGGGAUCCCAUCAUUCUGUCCCAGGAGUGA